GUUGUUCUGUGAGUCGACGAGCAUUGCGUUCGAUGCAAAACAUUAAAACUCAAAAAAAAAAAAAUUGGGUGAAAAACAAAGGAAGAAAAAUAGACUCCGAACUUUAAAUGCGUCUAUCUAGCAUAUGCGUAAACCACUACUGUGCGAUAUACGAGUAAAUCGUAAAUAUAAGCGAAGGAGGUUAUGUCAACGUGACGCAUUUAAAUAAUCCUCUGGCGCGCGCAAGAUCAGCUGGUCCGCGUCGCUCGGGUUAGGUUAAUUGCUUUUAGCGGCGAUAGUACAACAACAAUAUAACAACGCGCGACGUUUUACGUUGGUUUUACUACUCAACUAAUCACGGUAUAAAUAAACUUACGUUGGAUUCGUUUAUUCGCUCGAUCGUACCAAGUCGUAUGGAGUCAUUUUUGCUAUUCUCAUCACGCAACCCAAUGGAAAAAUCAAAGUAAGAACAUGAUUAAUGUUAGACGUGCUGGUACUGAGAAAGGGGAGGUGACAGUGGCUUCAGUAUCGCUGAAAUUAUAUUGAACUUAAUUUCGAUAAUUAUGAAUUACAACUACGAGGUUAACUUGUUAUUCGUUGACUGAUGCUGUAAUAUAGAUGUAUCAUAAUGGUGCGCUAUUCAGCAUUAAAAGGAUUAUACGAGUUGGAGAAAACAGUAGGAUGUGGAGGUUUUGCUAAAGUAAAACUAGCGACGCAUGUGGCUACAGGAGAAAAAGUCGCUAUCAAAAUUAUGGAAAAGGCGGCUCUAGGGGAAGAUUUGCCAAGAGUAGGUUUAGAGAUAAGUGCAAUGAAAAAUUUAUUGCAUCAACAUAUUUGCAAGCUAUAUCAAGUUAUUGAAACUGAGGACCAUUAUUUCAUGGUAUUGGAAUACUGCUCAGGUGGAGAAUUGUUCGAUCACAUAGUGGAAAAAAGCAAACUAUCCGAGUCAGAGUCUAGAAGGUUUUUCAGACAGAUUGUAUCGGCAGUGGCUUAUUUACACAGUCUUGGAUACGUUCACAGAGACUUAAAGCCAGAAAACGUUUUAUUAGAUAAAGACCAGAAUCUUAAGCUAAUAGAUUUUGGUUUGUGCGCCAAGCCAAAAGGUGGUAUUCAAUCUCCUCUUUACACUUCGUGUGGAUCUCCAGCCUAUGCAGCACCAGAAUUAAUUUUAGGAAACAAAUAUUUAGGAUCUGAAAUUGAUAUUUGGAGCUUAGGAGUUUUGCUUUACGCUCUUCUUUGUGGCUUUUUACCAUUUGAUGACAAUAACAUUGAAAAUCUGUACAAGAAAAUACUCAAUGGACAAUACGACGAGCCUAGUUGGAUGUCACAAAGCAGCAGAAGAUUGAUCCGAGCCAUGCUACAAAUAGAUCCACGAAAAAGAAUUACCAUCAAAGAGCUGUGCAGUCAUCCUUGGAUAACAGCAGGAUUUUUGAAUCCUAUUACUUUCAUGAAGAAUACAACUGUGGAAAGGGACGAAGAAAUUUUGAAAGCAUUAAAAGCAGUCUGUACAAAAUGUUAUGAUGAAAUUUGGAAGCAAAUCAUUGAAAACGAUCGAUCAGAUUAUGUAACUGCAACUUAUCUACUAUUAUUAGAUAGAAAACGCAGAGGAUUAUCCUUAUGUUUAUCGUCAAAGCUAAAAUUGCAAUUCGAUAAAGCGAAUAAACAGGAGGAGCCGGUUGGCCAGACAUUAGUCGUGGAAACAGCAAUCGUCAACCUAAGCCAGUCGCCAAGAGGGCGCAAACGUCUAAGAAACAAGGACAGCGACGAAAUCUCAUCACCCGUGCCUUCUAAGAGAUUAGCGGACGAAGAAAGACAGCUGUCGACCCCAGCAAGCAAAAGCGCAAGUUCGAGGGAUACGCAAUCAACGCCGAGAACUGGCAAAGUCAUAUCGGAAAUUGGAAAGCACCUGAACAAGGUCAGGUGCGUCUUGACGCCGAAACGGAUGAAAACCGAAACGGACAACUCGGACGAGCCGAUCACGUAUUCCGGAAAGGGCUUAUGCAAUAUAUCCUCAACGUCCAGCGAUUCUCCGAAGCACGUUCUGUCUCAGCUUCGUUACGCUCUCCAGUGCAAGGGAAUCAUAUGCAGACAGAAAAGAUUCGUCCUCUACGGCGAGACUGAAAUAUCCAAUUCCAGCGCGAACAAUAAGAACAGCACGAAGGCGUUCCCGCUGAAAAAUUCGUGCUCUUUCGAGCUCGAAGUCUGCCUAAUCAAAAGCAUGACCGAGGCGAAGCCGAUGGUCGGCAUACGAAGGAAGCGAUUAAAAGGCGACGCGUGGGUGUACAAACGCGUUUGCGAAGAGGUACUUGCUCUAGCAGCUCAGGAGAUUCCGAAAGAAGGGCCGGAGACGAACGCGCCUCAGCAGUGCUUGAUCUGAGCUGCCCUGAGAACGAUGAAAAAUCGAGACGAUUUUAUAAUUAACUACUACGCUUGAUGUAUAACGAUCUGUAUGAUUACUCGAUGUAUUAUUUUUUCAACAAUGAAUAAACUUGUUUUAUACUUUCAUACUUUUAUA